GCAUUUUUCAUGAGGUAAAUAGGCGCAUAGCUUUUAUAUUGUAUAGCUCCGCUCUCCCUCUAAUUGGCAUUUAUAUUCUUUCAGUUACAGAGUCGCCGGAGAAACCAAUAAACAAUCUCCGUUUCUCAUCUUUUCCGAUCGUCAAAUUCUUCUAUAUAAGCAGCAGCCAUGGCGUCAUGUUACAGUUACCAAUCCUCCGCCCUCCUCCGCCGCCACCACCGGAACAUCCGAUGCGCCACCGCCUCACCAACAACAGUCAGCGGCAACAACCACCACUCUUCUCUGCCGCCGACCACUCUCAACUUCUCCGCCAAGUACGCGCCCUUCACCUCCAUCUCCACCGGCGUCCCCGCCGCCGAGUCUUACUCCCUCGACGACGUCGUCUACCGCUGCAGCUCCGGCGGGCUGCUGGAUGUGCAGCAUGACCUGGAGGCGUUGAAGCAGUUCGACGGGGAGUACUGGAAGAAUCUGUUCGAUUCGCGGGUCGGGAAAACCGCCUGGCCGUACGGGUCGGGUGUGUGGUCCAAAAAGGAGUGGGUUUUGCCGGAAAUCGCGGACGAAGAUAUUGUUAGCGCGUUUGAAGGGAACUCGAAUCUUUUCUGGGCCGAAAGAUUCGGGAAGAAAUACGUCAGCAUGAACGAUUUAUGGGUGAAGCAUUGCGGGAUUAGCCACACGGGGAGUUUCAAGGAUUUGGGGAUGACGGUUCUGGUGAGCCAGGUGAACCGGAUAAUGAAGAAGAAACCGGGCGGUUUAGUCGGAGUCGGCUGCGCGUCAACCGGCGACACCUCAGCGGCUCUAUCGGCUUACUGCGCCGCCGCCAACAUCCCUUCCAUAGUCUUCCUCCCAGCCGACAAGAUCUCAAUGGCUCAGCUCGUCCAGCCGAUAGCCAACGGCGCGUUCGUGCUCAGCAUCGACACGGACUUUGACGGCUGCAUGAAAUUAAUCCGUCAAGUAACGGCGGAGAUGCCGAUAUACUUAGCGAACUCCCUUAACAGUCUCCGUUUGGAAGGGCAAAAGACGGCGGCCAUAGAAAUCCUUCAACAGUUCAACUGGGAGGUCCCGGACUGGGUAAUCGUCCCCGGCGGCAACCUGGGGAACAUCUACGCCUUCUACAAAGGCUUCAAAAUGUGCCAAGAAAUGGGAUUAGUCGACAGAAUCCCCCGUCUAGUGUGCGCACAGGCGGCGAACGCCAAUCCGCUCUAUCUCUACUACAAAUCCGGCUGGUCGGAGUUCUCGCCGGUGAAGGCGGUCACCACGUUCGCCUCCGCUAUUCAAAUCGGCGACCCGGUGUCCAUAGAGAGGGCAGUAUUCGCGCUCAAGAACUCCGACGGGAUCGUGGAGGAGGCGACGGAGGAGGAGCUUAUGGACGCCAUGGCCAUGGCGGAUUCCACCGGCAUGUUCACCUGUCCCCACACGGGGGUGGCGCUAACAGCCCUGAUGAAACUCCGGGAAAAAGGAGUGAUCGGAGCCAACGAGAGAACGGUGGUGGUCAGCACUGCUCACGGGCUCAAAUUCACGCAGUCCAAGAUUGACUAUCAUUCCCGUAACAUCCCUGGCAUGGGCUGCCGGUUUGCCAACCCGCCGGUGAACGUCAAGGCGGAUUUUGGGUCCGUCAUGGAUGUGCUGAUCAAGUAUCUGAACAAGAAUCAUUGAACAGUCAAAGCCAUUAACGCUGUCGUACGUGGAUUCUCGUUGUUCCCUGGGAAAAACAUUUCGUACAACUUGCGUCCAUGAAAAGGAAAGACCAUUAAAACUAUAUCACCUUUGAUUAAAGGGUGUAGAGUCUAUUAGUCAAUAUAUAUUAAUAAAAUUGUAAUUUGUAUUUCUAAAUUAUAAAUGUAUUUUUUGAAUGACCAAGAGAAAUUGAAGA